AUCCAACAGCAGCGCCAUGGUGGUUGUGAGCGUGUUGUUUAGUUUUGUUGAGAGACGUUUUUUAUUUUUAUUUUAUUUUUUUAAGCACCGUAAUGUAAAUCUUCUGAAUUAGCCAAUAUAGAGGUAUGUUUUCGCUAGUCGUGUUUAAAAUUCUAACACUGCAUGCUGGACAGCUAGUGCGUAUUUGGAGUUGAUGCCAUCUAUAUUCGGAACGGACAAAUAAGCGAUUACUGACCGUGGCUGUGAUGCCUCCAACCAUGGCCCUUAUCAGCGAUCCGAAGAUUGCUUUUGCCUACCUGCGUCCAGCUUGUGUCCUGCUGAUCCGCGAGGCUACGUUCAACAACGUGGAGACAUUGAAUGCUCAGUUAAAAGAGGUCGACGAUGCCACCUUGCAGCAGCUCCAAGAGUACAUCCUCUUCCCACUCCGCUUUGUGCUGAAAGUCCCGGGGCCCAAAAAGGACAAACUGGUGCAAGCUGUGGUUGAAGCUAUGAAUCACGUGCUCGGGAACACCUGUAUUCAGAGCUGGCAGAUCCUCCGUGAGCUUUUCUCGGAGCUCUUCCUCUGCUUGUGUUCCCCAGAUAAUCCUGGAAAACCUGCAGAUACAUCUGAGGAGCUGAAAUUAGCAGUGCUGGGAGGCCUGGAUGCUUUGCUUCAUGCAGCAUAUGGCGAUAUUGUCUUUAAAUUUUUCGAAAGCAAGAUGUUGCCUGAGCUUGGAGCUGGUAUUUCACUGCUCCUCACUUUAGCAGAGAAGGAGAAAUCCAGACAUGUUCAGGUAGCUGCCUUGAAGUUCCUCCAGGCUUUGACUGUGCAGUGUGACUGCAGUGAGGAUCAUGUUGUACCCUCCUCAGAGGAGCGGGAGGCUGUUGGGAAUGCUAUGGCUUCAUUCUUACCCGGAAUUACAAUGGCGGUUGCCAGGAUCAUUACAGGAGAUGUCAGACAAGGCCACAGAGUCACAAUUAGGGCCAUCAAGGUUUGGUCCAAGACUGUUAGCCUCGUCAUGGAAGAUGCUCAGCUUCAGUCAAGCCAGCAAGGGAAGUUGCCCUCAGCGGACCUGGGAAAGAUUGGGCAACUGAUUGUCUGUCGCACACAGGACUGGGUAAAGAACACGUCGGAAAAGCUGUGCACGCUCUUGAAGAAGAUAAUCUCAAGCACGGCAGCACAUCAGCACUGGAGGGUUCGACUGGAAUUGCUGGAGUUGGCUGAGCACCUGCUGGACACGUGUAGUCAGUCUUUGGGCAAGUGUGUUGGGCUGCUUCUGGAGGCACUGGUGGGAGCAAUUAAUGAUGAGGAGCCCAUUGUCAAGAAGAGGUGCGAGGUUGCACUCAAGAAGGCUUCCAAGAAAAAUCAGAUGCCUGUCAACAUGGAAAAUAGCAAAUGUACAAACAGCUCUCAGACCUUCACUGACAUCCUUUCAGAAAAUCUCCACUCUUUGGCCACUUCGCUGCCCAGACUUAUGCGGACCUCUGAUGACCAAAAUAAGAUGUUUGUCCUUAAUGUAUUUCUGGGUUAUUUAAAGCUCCUUGGACCUCUGGUGUCGGUUGUGCUGAACUCAGCAGUGCAUCUUGAAAGGAUUUCUAAAGCUCUCAUGCAGGUGCUGGAGUUGGACGUCGCAGAUGUCCGUAUUGUAGAAGAACGUGGUCACGGUGGCUCAUUAGAAACAAGCUCAGGUUCCCAUCACUCGAAACACAUUCGGAGGAAGCAUUUUCUCCAUUUUACUGAUGAGAAGAUCUUUUUUGUGCUCACGGAGAUUUGUCGGACUUUCGGGUAUUACGGCAACGUUUUUCUGCUGACGGACCUCUUCUUGGAUCUGUACCGCCAGUCCUCAGCAUACAGGAAGCAGGCCGCCAUGGUUCUCAAUGAAAUCAUCAGAGGCGCGGCUGGCAUUGCUGUCGUCGCAAACGGACAGCGUUCAGAAGGCAAAGCCAAUGUAGUCCCUCUCUCCCAGGAGGACCUUAAAGCAGCUGUGAUGCUCGUCAUGGAGGAAUACUUCAGUUCCGAUCACUGGCACUUGGUCACUGUCAAUGAAGAGACUCACAGAGAUCGACAGGACCGACUGCUGCUGAGGCCGCCCAUUCUCCUCUCCAUAUCCAACGCUCAUGCCGACCCGCUCCAAUUUGGAACUUUCGCCUGUGCCUCCUCACCCACCUCAACAGUCCACCAGCUCAACAGUAACAUCUGGCAGCUGUGUAUCCAGCUGGAGGGCGUGGCCUGUUUUGCUCAGGCCCUGGGAGACAACUUCCGUCCUCUGCUGAUGACGUCACUGUACCCUGUCCUUGAGAAAGCAGGAGAGGAAACACUUCUGAUCAGCCAAGCGGCGCUCGACUCUAUGUGGGACAUCAGCAAGGCUUGUGGUUACUUCUCUCUGAAGGAGCUGAUUAAUGAGAACUCUGACUAUCUACUCAAUGACAUCUCACUUAACCUGCAGAGGCUCAGCCAGCAUCCGCAGGCUCCACGGGUGCUGGCUGUGAUGCUGAACCACUCCGACUGCACUUUGCUUCCUCUGGUCCGAGACAUCAUACAAGACGUGCUGAUGGCGCUCGAUCUCAGCUACGAUCACACAGCUUCUCUCUUCUGCUCUGUGCUGCACGCACUCAUGAAGGCGCUUGUGAGGUGGUUCCCCAUGACCUCUAACACAACCAAAGACUCUAUGCGAUUCAAGCAGACCUCCACUGACAAGGAAGUCUUUGACGUCCGCCAGUUUCUGCUGGACUACCGCAGACAGAAAGAGCUGGCGGAGGGCAUUGGAAUAGAAGAGGAUGACAUUGACGAACUCGAGAUUCCUCCCCAGGCAGUCUUUGAGGAAGAUGAUGAUGCCAGUGGUCCUGAUGUGAAAGCAGAACUUCCGACCCACCUCAGCAUCACCAAAGAUGUUAUGGAGCGCUGCAUUCAUCUGCUGUCUGACUCAAAUCUAUGCCUCCGUCUUAAGGUGCUGGAUGUGCUGGAGCUGUGCGUGAGCGUGCUGAGCGAGAAGGAAGACGAAUUGUUACCCAUGACCCACCGCUGUUGGCCUGCCCUCGUGCAGAGACUGACAGCUGACGACCCACUCGCCGUCCUCCGAGCUUUUAGGGUUUUGUGCACUUUGAGUCGUACUUGUGGGGACUUUCUGAGGAGGAGGGUCUCCAAGGAAAUUUUGCCGAAGCUGAGCUCCUCUCUGGUUCAUCAGGCUCCCAUCAGCACCAAAGCCGGACCCGUUUACACACACACACUGGCCUACAAACUGCAGCUGGCAGUACUGGAGGGACUAGGUUCACUGUGCCAGAGUUUAGACCUCGCUGAAGCGGACUUAGAUGUUGUUUGUGAAGCUUGCUUGCCUUAUCUGAGCUGCAAACAACCCAUCAGACUGCAACAGGCCUGCUUGAGUGUUUUCCAUCACUUGAUCCAGGUGGACCCCGAUUCCUUCUGGUUGACGUUAAACGAGUUAUACUGUCCGUCCUCCUUCAUCCCACCACACCCCGACCUGCAGCCCAUGCGGCUCAGCGGGAUGGGACGCCCCAGAGAUGAGUACUCAGACAACGUGCUCACGCUGCUGAGGGAGGAAUUUGGCCAAUCAGGUGAUGAGUAGAGAUGCUCAUGGAUUGGGACAAAAUGCACAGUGAUGGACAUUUAGGAUUAUCGUAGCGUCACUUGUACAGAUUUCUUUCUCAAAACCUCUUAUUUUAUAUAACUUUCCAGGUAACCUUAUGAUAUUAUGAAUAUGGGUUUUUUUUUUCUUACAUACUGAAAUCCACCUUCCUCAUUAUGAUUGCAGGUACCUGUACUUGGGUACUUCAAUAUCAUGUUUUUCCGAUUUGUUAACUUUGAGCACUACCCAUGCAGAAUAAAUGUUUGU